AAAGUGCACACGUUAUUAACAUGCGCACAUUAUUACGUACCCCAAACCCUAUUUAAACCUAACUUGACACAAUCCACCACAAUCGACUUUGUCAUCUUUUUCUUUCUCUCUCUAAAAACAACAAACAAUAAAAAGUCGCAUCACGAACCUUCUCAGAAACCUUCAUUGAUUCUUCACGAACCUGUGCAUCACGUUACUCUCUCCUUUAUCGUUCUCUUCGGAGAAUGCGAUUCAACGCGUUACUUUUCGAUUUCGUCAAUCGGUGCUUGAGGUUUUUGUUUUUCGAGCAUAAAAAAGCGAAUUAGGGUUUUGAAUUUUGAUUUAGCUUUUUAGGUUUCUUGAUGACCAUGGCGGAUGAUGGAUUUCAAUUACCACUGUUUGGUGACGAUGGAGAUGAAUCUGAUGAUGAAAAGCUUGCAAUGGAUAUCGAAUCGUUUCUUAGCGUUCUUGAUGAAGAUUGUGUUCCUUCUGAGAGUAGUCACGAGGAUUCUUCAUUGAAAGAUGUUUCACCUGGUGAAUCUGGGAUCCAUGAUAAUUUUUUACUUCAAAAUGGGAAUUCAGUGUUUGACUCCGAAUAUGAAAACCACAGACCUUCAUCACAGACCUGCUCUUCCCCAAAUGCUUUUGCUGGUGGUUACAGGGACUCGUUCACCGUUGUUGAAAGUGAUGAAACUUGCUAUACAGAAAGGGCAGGAGUUUCUGAACGGGAGACGCCUUCUUACAUUGUGGACACAAGUUUUGGCGAGGCAAAUUCAAAUACUGCAACUGUUUCUAGAGAUAAUUUGAACCCGAGUCUGUGGAAGGGUGACAAUAAGAGCCAAAUCAAUCAUGUGGGAGAUGAUGUAGAAUCUGAACAUGCUUCAUAUAGCUCUAUCAUUGAGAAUGCUGAUGGAACUCUUGAAGAUUAUGAAACAGCUUUGAAAGACAUUAUUGGAGUUUCUAGGCAGCUGGAAAAUGACUCCUGUACAUCUUUUGAAAUGCCGUUUAUGGAUGCCGACAGAUCUACACAUUUUGGAACUAAAACUGAUUCAACAAUUUGUCAAGGUUCCGAUGUUCCUAGUGAUUUUAGUGGCCACUAUCCUUCUUUGAAUUGUUACCAGGGUAUAGAUGUUAAACUUGCUAUUACUGACAGUUCUGGUUAUUUGCCUAAUCGUGUUUGUCCUGAAUUCUGGAAAAAUGAAGAGACAAUGAGUAACACGAUGGUUGAAAAAAUGGAGUUCUUAACUGAUAAUACAAAUAUGAUUGGCGGCAUGCAUUUGAGCACUAUUGGUCGGAUCCCUUUUCACGAUACUCAAUUUAUGCCGGUAGAUAAUGAAUAUCCUUCAUUUUUUCCUGGUAAUGUUAUAUUUGAAGACAGUGAAUCAGUGCAACAAUCAUCUUGUGCUCCAUAUAUUUCAAGAGAAUGCCAGUCAUUUAAUGUCAAAGCUGAAGCAGAUGAAAUGGUUAUGCCUUACCAAAAUAAUUUUCAGAAUGACAAUGCUGGUCUAGAGGUGAAACAAUUACCCGGUAUUUUCCCUAUCAAUGGAUGUCAUAAUUAUGAUUUUUUCAAGAGCGAGGAUAGUGAUACAAUCGUAACAACUGAGAAUGCCAAUUAUUAUCAAGAUUUUAUUGAUGAUGAAACUGCUAUCAAAUUUCCAGGAAACAUUGGAAAUUUAAAUUUCAGAUCCUUAAGCAAAUCUCUAUCUGUUGCCCGGCCAUCGAUUACCAACGGGAAUCAAUAUAAUUGUGGUAUGAGUGAACUAGAUAGUAAGCUGAGUGAAUAUAAAAGUAUUGAUUUGCAACUUUCCAAAAGAAGUACUGAGGGAUCCAAUGACGAAGAUGACUGCGAUGUUUGCAUUAUUGAAGACAUCAGUCAUCCUGCACCUACAAGUCGGUCUGUCGAAGUCAAGAAUUCCCUUCAUAUGUCACAAUCUUCUAGAUUUGAUUAUACCCAAUCUUAUAUGGCGGGAGGCACAAGACCAAAGGCACGUGACGAGCAGUACAUAUUACGAGUUGCAUUGCAGGAUCUAUCUCAGCCAAAGUCAGAAGUAAGUCCACCAGAUGGACUACUGGCAGUUCCUCUUUUACGUCACCAGAGAAUUGCUCUAUCAUGGAUGGUUCAGAAGGAAACAUCAAGUUUAUACUGUUCUGGAGGAAUUCUUGCAGAUGAUCAGGGUCUUGGGAAAACAGUGUCAACUAUUGCUUUAAUACUAAAGGAAAUGCCUCCAUUGCUUAAGACGUGCGCUAAUGCUCAAAAAAGUGUAUUAGAAACCUUGGAUUUGGAUGAUGACCCACUUCCUGAGAAUGGUGUAGUGAAGAUGGAAUCUGAUGUGUGUCAAUCUAAUAGAAAUGCAAAGGGUAGACCAUCUGCGGGAACCCUUGUUGUUUGUCCAACUAGUGUCCUGCGACAGUGGGCUGAUGAGCUGCAUAAUAAGGUAACCUGCAAAGCAAAUCUCUCUGUGCUUGUGUACCAUGGAAGCAGUCGAACCAAAGAUCCUUAUGAGCUUGCCAAGUAUGAUGUUGUUUUGACAACCUAUUCAAUUGUUAGCAUGGAGGUCCCCAAGCAGCCUCUGGUUGACAAAGAUGAUGGAGAAAAAGGAAUUUAUGAAGAUCACGCCGUUCCAAGUAGGAAAAGGAAAUGCCCUACUAGUUCUAAAACCAGCAAGAAGGCUUUGGACAGCAUGAUGCUUGAGGCUGCUGCACGUCCUCUUGCAAAAGUAGCCUGGUUUAGAGUUGUCCUGGAUGAGGCCCAAAGUAUAAAGAAUCACAGAACUCAAGUUGCAAGGGCCUGUUGGGGUCUUCGAGCUAAGCGCAGAUGGUGCUUGUCAGGGACUCCAAUCCAGAAUUCCAUUGAUGAUCUCUACAGUUACUUUAGAUUUCUUAGAUAUGAUCCUUAUGCCGUGUACACAUCUUUCUGUUCUACGAUCAAGAUUCCUAUCAGCAGAAAUCCAUCAAAAGGGUAUAGAAAGCUACAAGCUGUCUUAAAGACAAUCAUGUUACGCCGGACAAAAGGCACACUUCUUGAUGGGGAACCUAUUAUAUCUUUGCCACCUAAAUCUGUGGAGUUGAAAAAAGUGGAAUUUUCACAGGAGGAACGUGAUUUCUAUUCCAAGCUGGAGGCUGAUUCACGUGCACAGUUUCAGGAGUAUGCUGAUGCUGGUACUGUGAAGCAAAACUAUGUCAACAUUUUAUUGAUGCUUUUGCGACUUAGACAAGCUUGCGAUCACCCUCUGCUUGUCAAGCCUUACAAUUCUACUACUCUCUGGAAAUCCUCUGUUGAGACGGCAAUGAAGCUUCCUCAGGAAAAACAGUUAUUUCUUUUAAAAUGUUUAGAGGCUUCCCUGGCCCUCUGCGGUAUCUGUAAUGACGCUCCCGAAGAAGCUGUUGUUUCAGUCUGUGGUCAUGUUUUCUGUAACCAGUGUAUUUGUGAACAUCUAACUGGUGAGGACAAUCAGUGUCCUGCUACAAACUGCAAAACUCGACUUAGCAUGUCUUCAGUGUUCCCCAAAGCUACGCUGAACAGUUCUUUAGCUAAUCAGGCCUGUGAUCAUUUGCCUGGUUACUCUGGUUCUGUGGUUGAGGAUUCUGAACAUUGUUCUCAGACUCAACCGUGCGAUUCUUCAAAAAUAAAAGCUGCACUUGAGGUUUUGCAGUCAUUGUCUAAGCCACAAGGCCAUAAUUCCCCAAAAACAUCUGUGCAGAGCACUUCUAGGGAAAGUACUGAUUGCAGCUCCACUUCUGCCGAUAAUGGAAAAUCCUUUAGUGAUUUUCCCGAGAAGAAAAGCUCUAAUGAUUCAGUUGGUUCUCCAGGAGAGAAAGCUAUAGUGUUUUCGCAGUGGACGGGGAUGCUAGAUUUACUUGAAGCUUGUCUUAAGAAUUCUUCAAUUCAGUAUAGAAGACUUGAUGGAACAAUGUCUGUCAUGUCAAGAGAUAAAGCUGUUAAAGAUUUUAACACACUACCUGAGGUAUCAGUUAUGAUAAUGUCUUUGAAGGCUGCUAGUCUUGGUCUGAAUAUGGUGGCAGCUUGCCACGUUCUCAUGUUAGAUCUAUGGUGGAAUCCUACAACUGAAGAUCAAGCCAUAGACAGAGCGCAUCGAAUUGGACAGACUCGUCCGGUUACAGUUUUGCGGUUGACUGUCAAAGAUACAGUUGAAGACCGUAUUUUAGCUCUGCAGCAAAAAAAGCGACAGAUGGUUGCAUCUGCAUUUGGAGAGGAUGGAAAUGGUGAUCGUCAAACUCGUCUUACAGUGGAUGAUUUAAAAUACUUGUUCAUGAUGUGAUUAGGCAUACAUAGAAAUAUAAUUUUAAUUUUUUAAAAUGGUAAUUUUUUCCCUGGGAGCUGGCGUCAUUGUAGGUUGCUUUUUUGGUGACAGCAGAAGAAACAGUAAAAUUUUCUAACAUGGCCUAUUUGACACUUGACUUGAAGAUUAUGUGAAUUGUGGUUAUAGUUUAGAGUGAGAUGAUUCAUUCUUACUUUUUGGAGUUUUGGUUUAGUCUUUGAUAUUUGUAUAGGUUAGAGAGCAGUAGCAUAGACAGCAACAUAGAAAUUCUUGUUCUUAUUGUAAAUAAUAUAUGAAGUAGAUGAUAUUUUUUUCUCUUUCUA